UGCCAGACAGUAGGCUAGCGUUGCGCAUGGUUUGUCAGGGGUGUGAAGUGUCCGUUGUACAUCUAGAAAAUAUGGGAAACACGCUAAGUGAAACUAAAUGAGCCAUUAAGAGAAACAAUUGGCAGCUUAAUAUUGAUAACAGGAGAACUACAUCGACUCUGGUGGUAUCGAAGCAAUAAAAACAGACUUUGACUUGUGCGCCCUGGCGUAAAGGUGGACGAUGGGAGCCGUACUAGGGGCCUUUUCUGUCGCAAGCUGGAUUCCAUGUUUGUGCAGUGGUGCAACGUGCCUCAUGUGCAAAUGUUGCCCACGCAGCAAGAACUCCAUUGUGACGCGCGUCAUCUAUGCCUUCAUACUGUUGCUAGGCACCAUCGUUGCCUGCAUCAUGCUGUCGCCGGGGGUGGACCAGCAGCUGAAGAAGAUACCUGGCUUCUGUGAAGGAGGAGCAGGCUCGAGCAUCCCAGGCAUCCAGGCCGCUGUAAACUGUGAGCUUUUCGUGGGCUAUAAGGCGGUGUACCGCGUGUGCUUUGGCAUGAGCAUGUUCUUCCUGGCCUUCUCCCUGCUCAUGAUCAACGUGAAGAACAGCAGGGAACCCAGAGCGGCUGUGCAUAAUGGGUUCUGGUUCUUUAAGAUUGCUGCUAUUGUGGCGAUAACUGUUGGUGCCUUCUACAUUCCCGAGGGGCCUUUCACUCGCACGUGGUUUGCUGUGGGAGGCUGUGGAGCCUUCUGCUUCAUCCUGAUCCAGCUGGUCCUGCUUGUUGACUUCGCUCACUCCUGGAACGAGUCCUGGGUGGACAAAAUGGAGAGGGAGAAUGCCAGGGCCUGGUAUGCGGCCCUGCUCUCGGUGACUGCACUCAACUACGUCCUGUCUGCUAUCGUCAUCGUGCUGUUCUACGUGUUCUACACCCAGCCUGAGACCUGCGCCCUCAACAAGUUCUUCAUCAGCUUCAACAUGCUGCUCUGCAUCGUGGUCUCCGCAGUGUCCAUACUGCCAAAAGUGCAGGAAUCUCAGCCGAGAUCUGGACUUCUCCAAUCUUCCAUCAUCACCCUCUACACCAAUUACCUCACAUGGUCUGCCAUGACCAAUGAACCAGACCGCACCUGCAACCCCAGCCUGUUGAGCAUCAUCCAGCAGAUGGCGGCCCCCACCAUCGCCCCCCUGGAGAUGGAGAACCAGACGGCGGUCGUCAUCAUCGGCACGGAGGAGCCCAUCCCCUCCUCCCCCUACCUGCAGUGGUGGGACGCCCAGAGCAUUGUGGGCCUGGCCAUCUUUGUCCUCUGCAUCCUGUACUCCAGCAUACGGUCCUCCAACACCAGCCAGGUGAACAAGCUGACCCUGGCCUCCAACGACUCCUCCAUGACGGAGGAGAGCUCCACGGGGAUCCCUGAGGACCCAGAGGUGGAGAGCGGGGCCCCUCGGCGUGUGGAGGACAACGAGAGGGAGACGGUCCAGUACAGCUACUCCUUCUUCCACUUCAUGCUGUUCCUGGCCUCCCUUUACAUCAUGAUGACCCUCACCAACUGGUACAGUCCGACUGCAGACUACAAUGCCAUGACCAGCAAGUGGCCCACUGUGUGGGUGAAGAUAAGCUCCAGUUGGGUGUGUCUGGCUCUCUAUAUGUGGACACUAGUUGCCCCAAUGAUCCUCACAAACCGAGACUUUUCUCCCAGCUAACCUGUUACUACUAGACUUUUGUCCCAGCUGUUAGGAUCACUGGAUGUCACUUAAUUUUGUAUAUACUAAGGUACAAGUCAUUUAUUGUAAUUUUGUUGCCAAAUGAGUAUGAAUCAUUUCUAUGUUUAUUUUUGUGAAGGACUAGACAGAGUUGUUUUCACUUCAAUAUUUUUUUUUUUUACCUUUUCACUGACUGUAAUUCAG